GCCGCGCGCUGGGAGCGGCCCAGUGCAGGAGUGGGCUGGCUCUGGGGACAGGGAAGCUGUCGCCACCAGUCUCUUUCCUCUGCGGCCGGGCCUCCUUCUCUUCCGGCGGAGAGGUUAGUGCACUGCCUGCCGCGGCAGUCCAUGAGGCCCUGCGCGGGGCCCCCGCCUGCCUGGAACCUCCGCGUGACAGUGUCACCGGGACCGCCGUGGUGCUCUGCGCGUAACGGUGCUCUUUGGUCCACUUAGCUGGGAGUGAAAAGCACUCAGCCCACACACACUUACGGAACGCUCCUCUGAGCCGGUGCAAAGCGGUCACUGCACAGAUGAAAUAGCUUUGAAGUUGAGGAAUUGGAAGCUUGGGAUGUGGUCAUGUCAGCCAGACUUCUCCAUGCCCUGGCCGGAUCUCACUGCGUUUUAUCAAAAGCAUGUCAGCGCCAAAGACUGGUUCAUCGAACAGGAAAACCACUUAAGGAACUCGAGAGCGCAACACGCGGCGCCCUGGCGAGAAGUCAAACCUUGGAUUUGUUCUUUCCUGAUACCAGAGCCGGUGGUUUGAAUGAGUCCCAGAUCCUGGAAAUGAACCCGAACGCAGCAAACACAAGCGUGUUCUCUGCAUCCAGCACUGCACGUUGCCAAGGUGAACAAGCGCGCCUCCCCACCAGGAAGUCUCUGGGCCCGCUCCCGAUGACUCACAAACCAAAUCGAUUAGGUCCUAAGUGGCUUAUAAAAAUCAUCGAGAGGCAUUGCUCAUCCACGUCAACAGAAACGCUGGUUCCUAAACAAGACUUUCCGCAGAUCAAGAGAUCACUAAAAGCUUCGAGGACCCGGCAACCGUCCAGGACCAACCUUCCGGUUCUGUCCGUGAACGAGGACCUGAUGCACUGCACGGCGUUUGCAACUGCGGAUGAGUAUCACCUGAGCGCGCUCUCUCAAGACCUGGCCUCUCAGGGAUAUGUGGAAGUGACCAGCCUGCCUAGAGAUGCAGCCAAUAUUUUGGUGAUGGGUGUGGAAAACUCUGCAAAAGAAGGUGAUCCUGGAACAAUAUUCUUCUUCAGGGAAGGAGCUGCUGUGUUCUGGAAUGUAAAAGACAAAACUAUGAAGCAUGUGAUGCAGGUUCUGGAGAAGCACGAAGUGCAGCCCUAUGAGACUGCGCUGGUGCACUGGGAGAACGAAGAGCUCAACUACAUAAAAACAGAGGGGCAGUCGAAACUGCACCGAGGAGAAAUCAGGUUAAAUUCAGAGCUAGAUGUGGAUGACGCCAUCCUAGAGAAAUUCGCCUUCUCCAAUGCUCUCUGCCUUUCAGUGAAACUGGCUAUUUGGGAAGCAUCACUGGAUCAGUUUGUGGAAUCUAUUCAGUCAAUUCCAGAGGCUUUAAAAACUGGGAGGAAAGUGAAACUAUCUCACGAAGAAGUUAUGCAGAAAAUGGGUGAACUCUUUGCCCUCAGGCACCGUAUAAACUUGAGUUCAGACUUCUUGAUCACUCCGGAUUUCUACUGGGACAGAGAAAACCUGGAAGAACUUUACGAUAAAACUUGUCGGUUCCUAAGCAUCACUCGUAGAGUUAAGGUCAUGAAUGAAAAACUUCAGCACUGCAUGGAGCUGACAGAUCUAAUGCGGAAUCACCUGACAGAGAAGAGGGCACUCCGCCUGGAGUGGAUGAUCGUCAUCCUCAUCACCAUAGAGCAUUCUACCAAGAGAACAGACAUCCAUACACCUACCGAUGACUCCAUUUGCUGUGCCUGUGCGAAGGUGACCAUCCUGGUGUCUUUUGCAGCACUUGGCAAGAGUUCCCAAGUAGUCUUCUGAGGUAUUUAUACCCCAAGGGCAUCAAAGACGUUCCAAGGAGCACAUGGGCAUGGAUAGUUCAGUAACUGCUUUCUAGAUCAAGUUCCACACAAGCACCUCCAUAAAACUGCUGUGCGCAGGCACACACCUGCAAUCUGUCUUCCCAUCAAAACUGUACAGAAGGCAUCGCUCACCCAGCUUGAAUCCGAGUUUGGUGUCCACUAUAUUUAAAAACCUUUAAUUAUAUUUAACCUGUAAAAACCUUUGGGAAGCCAAACAGGACAAUUUGAAAUACUGGUCAAUGAAGCCUCCUUUAACUGAGACCAUGAUAUCCCCACCUAGUAAGAGAGGAGUUUCCACCCUAGCUGGGUUUGAUUCAGUGGAUAGGGCAUCGGCCUGUGGAUUGAAGGGUCC